UUUAACAGAUACAGUGCUAUAACAUUCCGCAAUGACGUUGCGCUGCUUCGUCUGAAGACCCCAAUAAAAUUUGAAGAACACGUUGAGAAGAUAGAACUUAACGAGGAGCUCGUUCCGAUUAAUGCUACACUGACAAUUGUUGGAUGGGGAUUCGUUGGAUGGAACAAAGAAAACCCAAAACGAACUCAAGUGAUUAAAGUUCAACAUAUUGGUCUAAACCGUUGUCGAAAGAUUGCAAACGGUAGUGCUAUUUACCCUGAACAUCUGUGUACUUUUUCUAGAGCAGGGCAUGGUCCGUGCAAGGCAAGUAAAGAAUUUAUGGAAAAAUCUAUUUAUGCAUAUCUAACACCUUUGUCUUCACAUUUUAGGGCGAUUCUGGUAGUCCUGUGGUAUGGAAAGGGAAACAGGUUGGCGUAUCGGUAUCAUUCCUAUAGAUACUUUCGAGGCGCAUUUCGUGACGAUGUUGGACUACUUCGUUUGAGGAGCCCUUUGAAGCUUGGAGAGCGUGUUAAAAAGAUUGAAUUAUUGUCGCAGAUUGUUCCGUAUAAUGCCACACUGACACUUGUCGGUAGGGGUUAUAUUAGUAAAGAUAACAAAACAACAAAAAUAACUCAAAUGAUCAAAGCUAAAAACAUUGCCUUGAAGCUUUGUCGCAAGAUGCAACCAGAUUUUAUUUACCCUGGACAUCUGUGUACAUUUGUUAAAAAAGGCAAAGGCACUUGUAGUGGUGACUCUGGAGGCCCAGUGGUAUGGUAUGGAAGACAGGUUGGCAUAGUCAGCUGGUCAAAAGGAUGCGGUGCGGGAUAUUUUGAUGUCCACUCGCGCAUCAGCUACUUCCUCCCAUGGAUUAAGGCAACGAUUGCAGCAAAUAGUGAUUAGGAGUGACCAGUCAUUCUAUGUGACCAUUGAUUUUCAC